ACUGGAUUUUAUGCAAUUUAGCCCAACAAAAUCCCCAGUCAGGCAGUCACUGUUCUUCUGUUGUUAUUUGCCUGGUAACGACGACGACCACCCAACCCCGAUCCCAAAGCCGCCACCGCCGACGCCAUGGAUGAGGAACUGCUGGAACUGCAGAGGCAGUUCGAGUUCGCACAGCAGGCGAAAUCAAGCAUCCGUUUGUCCGAGCGAAACGUUGUCGAAUUGGUGCAGAAACUGCAGGAACUUCAAAUCAUCGACUUCGAUCUCCUCCACACCACCUCCGGAAAAGAAUACAUCACUCCGGAGCAAUUGAGGAGUGAAAUAGUUUCUGAAAUAAACAAGAGAGGCCGAGUAUCUUUGAUUGAUUUAGCGGACACAACAGCGGUCGAUUUAUACCAUGUCGAGAAACAAUCGCAGCGUGUUGUGUCCGAUGAUUCAUCGCUUAUGUUGAUUAAUGGCGAAAUAAUUUCGAAUUCUUAUUGGGACACCGUUUCUGAAGAAAUUAAUGAGAGGCUCCAGGAAUGCAGCCAAAUUUCGUUGGCAGAAAUUGCGGCACAGCUGCAAGUUGGCUCUGAGUUAAUAGUCUCCGUCCUAGAACCCCGUCUCGGGACUUUGGUGAAGGGUAGACUUGAAGGUGGGCAAUUGUAUACACCAGCAUAUGUUGCGCGUGUGAGUGCAAUGGUUCGCGGUGCAGCAAGAGGAAUUGCUGUUCCAAUGAAUUUGUCCGCACUGUGGAGCUCGUUGCAGGUUUUGUUGCAAGAUAUGGAUGGGUUCAGUGGCGUGGCAGUUGAGAGUUCUUUUUUCCAGUCAUUAUUUAAUGGAUUGGUUAGAGGAGGCGAGAUUCUUGGCUCGGUUCGUGCUGGAGUUCACUGGACGCCUUCUGUCUUUGCUGUGGCUCAAAGAGAGUGUGUGGAUUCUUUUUUUUCGCAGAAUUCCUUCAUAAGUUAUGAUGCUCUCCACAAACUUGGAAUUCCACAACCUAUUCAUUUUUUGCAGUCCAGAUAUCCUGAUGGUAAACCACUUGCUACUAUCUUUGCACAUGGUUCACUAAUUGAAAUGUUGGAUGCUGCCGUGGAGGAUGCUAUUGAACGUGGUAGCUGGAUAGAUUCACUUACCAUUUUACCAGCAUCCUUUACACCCCAAGAUGCUUCAAAGAUUCUUUCACUGUGUCCAUAUGUUCAGAAAGCUCUAAAGUCCAGUAAAGCACAGCUGCUGGGGGAAUCCUACGUUUUUAGCGAUGCCUUGGUGAAGAAUUUAUUUGACAAUAUUGAGAAAGAGCUGGAGAACUUAAAUGUUUCUGGAUUCAGUACUGCUGGGUUGUCUGAAGGUUCACAUCCCAAAAAAAAUGCCACGCACGGACAUGAUGAUAGCAGCAGUCUAGCUGAUCCAGGUGAAUAUGAUAAUCAAAAUGUUAUUAGUAAAUCAGCUUCAGAGAAAGGAUCUAAGAAGAAAAAAGGAAAAGCUACUGGAAAUGCUAAGGCUGGGAGCGCUGAAAGUGUUCCAGAGUCCCAAGAACCCACUGGCACUAAAUCUAAGAAGAAGAUGAAAAAGGGAAAGGUUAUCCCAGCUAUGCAAGUUUCUGAUUCAAAGUCAGGUGGUAAAAGAGAUAAUGAGAGAAUGGAUGACCCUGGCUUCCUAUCUGAAGAAUCACUAAUUCAAAAAAUAAUGUCAUUGAUCCCGGACUUAGAAGAGCAAGGUAUGGAGGAUCCUGAGACAGUUCUUGCACCUCUGGCAAACUACUUGAAACCCAUGCUGCUAAAUUCAUGGAUGGAAAGAAGAAAGGCUGCUUUUACAGAGAAUGCUCAGAAAAUGAAACGUGUUUUUGACAAUUUACAACGGAAGCUUGAUGAGGGAUUCUUCAAUAUUCAACUAUAUGAAAAGGCACUAGAUUUAUUUGAAGAUGACCAGUCAACUGCAGUUCUUUUACACAAACAUUUGUUACGAACUGCAGCGACCCCAAUUGUGGAUGCUCUCUUAGUUAAUCUGGACAUACACAACAAAUUGAGGAAUGGAGUUCAAGUUGAGGAAUCUCAAAAUACUGAAUCUGCAUCAAUGAGCUUGGCAGAUAGAAUUUCCUUGGCAAAGGGUAUUCCUGGACCUUUGUCAGUCAAAGCAGUCGGGCUAGUUGAAACCUUGGAGGGGAAGAGGGUGGAAUCAUUUAUGAAUGCAGUAAGAGAAUUUGCAGAGGAAAGCGGGUUAAUGCUCAAAAAACUUGAUAAGAAGUUGGAGAGGACUCUUCUGCAUUCAUAUCGUAAGGAUUUGACGUCUCAAAUUUCUGCUGAAACUGAUCCUGUCUCCCUUCUGCCGAAAGUUGUUUCUUUAUUAUAUGUCCAGGUACAUGGAAAAGCUCUUCAAGCUCCUGGCAGGGCUAUUUCAGUUGCUGUUGCUAAGUUAAAGGACAAAUUGGAUGAUAUAGCAUUCAAGACUUUAGCCGAUUAUCAAAGUGCUGCAGUGACCCUACUGUCUCUAAUAUCUGCUGGAACUGGCAAUGAAGAAGAUUGUACAUCAAAUAGAAUUUUGAGCAAGAGGGAGCUCCUCGAGAGUUCAAUGCCAGCGUUGAAGAGCUUGGUGUUAGGUAGCAGCUCGUAAUCUUGACUUGCAUAGAUCUAGUUCCCUCAGGUAGACUUUGAUAGGUGGAAAGUACAUACAUUAUUUAUUCGUUUAGACUUCUAAAAAAAUGUUAAAACAUCUGAUCCUUUGAUGAAAAAAUGUUUGACAUCUUUUUGCUCUCUUGAGGAGCAAAUCGCAUGCCGUUUACAAGUAACAUUUAUUACCAUCUUUCUGCAAAUGGAUAAACGAACGGAACUUCUGAAUCA